CAGCGAGAAUUUGUGCACAGAGGCGCGCGUCAGUCUGCUGCUCUUUGUCUCUUUCUUCCCUUUACAACUAUCGCAGGCUGCUUCUCUUGCUCUACUUGUUCUACUGUUUUCUCUAUUUAUCUUUUUUCUCGAAUAAUUUUCACAAGAUGGCUGUCGUUUUCGAGGUUGUGUUUCCCUUGUGACAAUGGCUCAUUAUGAUGAAAUGUAAAAAUACAUUUGCAUGGAAUAAAAAACAUCUGCUAGGUAGUAAUCAUCUCCAAUGUAUUGUCGUUUGUUGGUACAAUUUGAUCAAGCAAUACGAUUACAUCAUUGUAAUGUUCAAGGGGACGAAAAGUCAAAAGACAUUGACAUUGCGUUGUAAUUUAUUUAACAAUACUUGACAAAAUCCAGACUUCACAGAUGUAAUACGUAAACAUAAAAUAUUCAAAAUUUUUCGAUAAUUUAGCAAGCGUUUUGAGAAACGGUUGUUCAUUUCCCUCCGCGACGCAGCAUUCGAUACGUUAGGACGGUUGGGGUGGUAUUGUGUAGGGUGGUGUGGAAUAAAGAAGGAAGGGGCGUUGCAUGCGCAUGCGCCGAGAAUUGUAAUGUCUAUGUGGUUGCGUUCUAGCAAGGAUCGUUGCUAGUAGUUGAAAAGGAGUAAGCGAGAUGGAUAGGGUAAAGUGUAAGGGGUGACGUCGAGGGAAAAGCUAGCAGUUAGGGGAGACUUGGGGGUUCCUAGCAGUCCCUAGCAUAGAGAGUACAUGAGAGGAUACUAUUGGGGAUGGGUAAUGGAAUCACGGCGUGCAGAACCCGGGGUAUAUACGAGAGAGAAAUGAACGAGAGAAGUUAGUCUAGUUGUCUAUCCAUCUAUCUGUCUCCGUUGUAUAAUUUCUCCGUUCGCGCGCGCGCGGGAAAAAAAGGCAAGUCUUGGUGUUUAGCAAGCGGCAGCGCUUUCAAGCGUCUUUGGCAGUUUUCACGUAUCAUCAAAGUGCUAACGCAGUUGGAGAAGCUUGGUGGUGGCCUAUAGAUUAUCGUGUGCGUUGAGUGAUGGUGGAAAAGUAAACGAGACUAAAUGAAGUAACAAGGAAGUAAGUGUAAAUAUGGGUGAGUUUAAAAAAAGUACUAUUUGAUUAAAAGUUAUUUGGAGUAAAAGUAAAUAAAAAAAUAAAAGGUAAAUUCAGUGACUUAUUUGCAACAUAUAAAUCAGUGUAAAACGAGCAUGAAUGCGGUUAUUCAAACGUGAUUUUGAGCACGCGAAUAAGAGAAGGACUGAAGUAGAUCGUGGAAAAGUAGGCGGUCCAGGGCCACCCUCUGUUCUCUCUUACUUCUUCCGACUGCUCUUCGUGGCGGCAGUGGCAUCGAGUUUCGCCCCAGUGGACAUGUUCAGUGAUUACACCUCGCUCUCCAUUUUGACAAGGAAAAUAAGUGGUUUUUAAGUAACUUGUAAGUUAUUUUAUUUUUCAACGAAAUGCGACGCUUGAAGAUUUAUUGAAGCAAGCUAACCUGAGUGUUCGUAAUGCCUCGACGCGUUUCUCUAACGCCCCUUGGCGUUCUAGCGGUCAUUAUACUUGGUAUCGUCGUUGGUGAUAAGUGUGCGGAAGAGUGUACGUGUAAGUGGAAGGGUGGUAAACGUACAGUCGAGUGCGUUAAUCGCUCGUUAACCAGUAUACCGGAUCAAAUUGACCCGGAGACGCAGGUAUUGGAUGCUAGUGGCAAUGACAUAAGAGUCCUUCCGAGUAAUAUAUUCAUCCGGGUCAGCCUGACAAAUCUACAACGCCUGUAUCUCCGUGACUGUCGCAUGCAUCAAAUCGAUAAGGAUGCUCUGGCAGGACUCACAAAUCUUGUAGAAUUAGACUUGAGCAACAACCGAUUAACAGCCAUUCCAAGUGCCAGUUUGGCCAAAGCACCGUUUCUUCGAGAUCUCUCGUUGGCGUACAAUCCACUCCAGAGAGUCGUUGCUCAAGCAUUUCACACAACUCCAAAUCUUGUGAAACUUGAUCUAUCUCAUGCACAAAUAACAGAACUCGAAGCAAAUGGAUUUCGCGGCCUUGAAUCUCUUGAGACACUCAAGCUCAAUGGAAAUCAGAUUGCUACGCUUCAUCCAGGAACCUUCGAACCACUCAAUAAGCUCACAAGCAUUGAGUUACAUGACAAUCCAUGGAUAUGUAAUUGUGAUCUCCGGGAAAUGAAAGUGUGGUUGGUUAAACACAAUUUGCCAACAUUGAUUGCACCAGUUUGUCAAGGUCCUGAUCAACUCCGUAAUAAAGCAUUCACUGAACUGACCAUUGAUGAUUUCGCAUGUAGGCCAGUCCUUAUGAUUGCCAGCCGUUAUGCUGAAGCAACAAUAGGGGAAAAUGCGAGUAUUGUGUGUCGAGUAUCCGCUGUACCACCAGCUAAAAUAAAAUGGUAUUGGAAUGGUAAAUUAUUGACUAAUUAUUCAGCAUUUAGCAGUUAUCAAAAGACAUUUAUUUAUGAAGAAGGACAAUUUAGUAAACGUAGUACAUUAGUACUGACCAACGCCCAAGAAUCAGAUUCAAGUGAUUUUUUUUGUGUUGCUGAAAAUCGUGCUGGAAGUGUAGAGGCUAAUUUUACACUUCAUGUAUCUGUAAGAACCGCAGGAAUGUCAACACUUGGAUCAGGUCAAAUAGCAGGAAUAUCCGCAGCUCUAGUAGUUUUGAUUCUUUUUAUCUUACUUAUAAUCCUGGUUUUAUUUGUACGUCUUCGACGGAUGCCAGUAAAAGACGUCAAGAGUACAGCAACUUUGGAAGUUUUACCAACUGAAUCCAACCAAGAAAAUUUUGAUGGAUCUCCAGGUGCACGCAGAAAAGCUGAAGAAGCUGAAACUACAUUUAGUGAAGGGAAACCUUUAACUUCAUUGAGUUUGAGUUAUGUUCAAAGACCUCCAGAAAGUAGAGAAUACGUUUUGGAAGAAUCACAUCCAGUGAUACAUGGUCCAUGCUUCUCAUCCACAACUUCUCUAGUACCUAUUGAAAAUCCUGACUUGAUUAGAGACACACGUACUUCUAUUGAAGAACUUGGUACAUACACUCCUAACAAUUUAGGAAGUUUGAUGAUGGAAGAUACAAGACUUCUCUAUUCAAGUAUUUGGGACUCGAGUGAGCGGCCAAGUGCGACGGCAAGUACGUAUGUUGCCAAAGAAGUGAUACAGUCGUCGAUGCCGUCAAUUGAACAAUUUCCACCAGGAGCUAAACAAUUAAGGGUCUGGCAGAAAGGUGUACCUGUCCUACCACCAGUUUCUGCACUUAAACGAGUACUUGGAUCAACUCGUAGCUCACCAGAUGAGGGAUAUCAAGAGGGCACGGGUACAGAUGUCUAGGUACCGCUCCUUCAUUACUGCGACCCACGGCACCGUUAUCUCGAGCUCAUGAGGAGGCAUCAGGAUGACAUAAGGUCGUCGUGUCUCACAGACUAAGUGCACGUGCUUACCUGGUCGUGGUAGUGAAUACGUGGCUAAUAAAAUAUAGAUACUUAACAAUAAAAAAGAUCUGUAAGUUUAUUCCUUUAUAUGGCCCAGGUGAUGUAACCUGAAAAGACGUGUUCCUGUUUAUUGGGGGGUUCUAUUAUUUCCAAGAAGUUGUACAUGUGACCACGGAACAAGGGAAAUCAACUUUAUACAGACAACAUGACUUAUUCAUCAGUUUAAUAAACUCAUUCCCGUUUCUUUUGAAUAUAAUAUCAAUACCAAGCCACAGUUAAAUCAUUAACAAGCAAGUUUAUAUAUCAUGUGUUUGUGGUUGGAAAACAUUUACCAAUUUCCUCGAGUAAAGACUGUACAUGUUUCCGGAUAUCGUAUAGAUAGCAAUGAUGGAAUUAUUGAGAUGCCGUUAAGUUGAGUAUGAUGAAUAUAUAUAUAUAUAUAUACAUAUAUAUGAAUAUAUUAUAUAUAUAAAAAAAUAAAUAAAACAAAGAAAAGAAAAUUAUAUUAUAUUAAAACACAUGAAUUUUUUUAGUCAAUUCAAUAAUUAGGCUAGAAAGGAAUAUAAUGAGAGAGAGAGAAAGUGUGAGAGUAUUGAAUAUUUAUCCACGUUUUAUGGAAUAAAAUGA